AUGACUCCCUCGACACUCCCUAAUGGCGUCCACCCACAGCUACCUAUUCUUAAUAGAGUCAAUGGGACCAGCACACCCAGAGUCCGACCCAUCCAUGUCCUGAAGUUCGGGGGGACCAGUGUGGGCAAAUUCCCCCAAGAUAUUGUCAAAGUGGUCAAAUCCAGGUUACUAGAAAACAAUGUCGCUAUCGUCUGCUCCGCUAGAUCAAGUAGCACGAAAGCCGCGGGCACCACGAACCGCUUACUGCGAGCCGCCACUGAAGCCGAGAACCACCGGGAUUUCCAGCAACUAGUGGAGAAUGUCCGUCUAGACCACGUCGAGGCUGCCGAUACCUUCGUACAAUCGGAAAAGAUACGGUGGCGGUUAAAGGCAGAAAUUGACGAUGAAUGCGCCCUGGUCGUGCGCAUACUCGAAGCGGCGCAAACAUUGGGCGAGACCAGCCCAAGGUCAAGAGAUAAAGUCAUGAGCACGGGGGAGAAGCUAAGCUGCCGGUUCAUGACGGCGCUGCUACAAGAUCGCGGAAUCGACGCCGAAUACGUCGAUCUGGCAGAUGUGAUUGAUUUUAGGGUCUCACACGGCCUGGACCAGCAAUUUUACGACGACAUGGCCUCGAGACUAGCCAGACGGUUGCGCGACAUCCCGACAGGCACAGUUCCCGUAAUCACUGGAUACUUUGGUGCCAUACCUCGGGGUCUGCUCACCACCGUUGGGCGGGGAUACACAGACUUAUGUGCGGCGCUGGUCGCGGUGGGAAUCAGGGCCGAGGAGUUACAGAUAUGGAAAGAAGUGGACGGCAUUUUUACAGCUGAUCCGCGCAAAGUACCUACAGCACAACUUAUCCCCCAAAUCAGCCCGGCAGAAGCUGCGGAACUCACCUUUUACGGCUCCGAAGUCAUCCAUCCGUCUACCAUGGACCAGGUUAUUCGGGCGCGGAUACCCAUACGCAUCAAGAACGUGAUGAAUCCCCGGGGAGGAGGCACCAUCAUCUAUCCCGACACACCAUCAGAGCUAGACUCGUCGUUGUCAGGCCAUGACCCCAAGCUUUUCCGGCGUUCCAGGAGUUCCAGCCUCAUCACAGACCGCGAGAAACCGAAGCGCCCAACAGCUGUUACCAUGAAGCACAAGAUUUUGGUCAUGAACAUUCACUCCAACAAAAGGGCGCUGUCCCAUGGGUUCUUUGCCGGGAUCUUCUCGACGUUGGAUAAGUGGCGACUAUCAGUGGACGUCAUCUCUACGAGCGAGGUCAACAUGUCCAUGGCAUUACAUUCGGAAGCUCCUCUAUAUACUGGAGGAGGCGACGAUGAAUACCGCAUUGUCGAUCAAGACCUGAGAGGAGCUAUCGAAGAACUCAAAACUUACGGUACCGUGGAUAUCAUCCCGGAGAUGGCCAUCGUGAGCCUUGUGGGCAAAGAGAUGAAGAAUAUGGUUGGCAUUGCUGGCAAGAUGUUCUCCACGCUGGGUGCAAAUAAUGUGAACAUCGAAAUGAUCUCACAAGGCGCCAGUGAGAUCAACAUCUCCUGCGUAAUUGAGGAGCGGGACGCCGAUCGAGCGCUCAACAUUCUGCACACAAAUCUAUUUACUUUCCUCGGCCCAUGA